GUGCUCGCUUCGCAUUAUUUGUUUAGAUGAGCACACCGCACAUGUCGAAAUCCACCAUGCGUGCCACCAUUCAGUUCUGCCAAUAUGCCUACAAGACUUGCCACAACCCCCGAACACGGAAAAACGACGGCGACAUCCACAAGCUGUGCGUCUACCAUCGUGACUGGGCCAAUGGCGUGCAAAAGAUUUACGCUUCCAAGCGCCGCCAAAGACUGCGGGAGCAAAAGCACUGCUCGGGCACCACGUCCAACGUUGCCGCGCUCAAGCCCCUUCCGUUGUCCAACGACAAGCAAUCCACUCCUAUGGACCCCAUGGAUAUGUUUGUGCUCGGAAAACUGUUUUUGGAUGAUGGUAUGGAGCCAGUGCAAACAACAAGUACGGAAUGGUCAAGCGAAGAAUGCUUUGCCCUGUGUCAAUUACUAUUGGCAUAAAAGGAUUUCCAAUAAGUAAUUGCUAGUAGUUGUUGUAACCUUAGCACAAGUUGUAUGGUAUUAGUUGUGCAUUGUAAUACAGAGUAUUAGUUGUGCAUUGUAAUACAGAGUA